CUCCACCUUGAGUUCAAUGAGUAAAUCCACAAUUAAUUGCCUUAGGCUAAAAAGCUCACCUUGCAGCCAAUCAGUUCUGGACAGCAAAAGGUGACCCGCUGAUGUCACACCCCAUUUUCUCAAGCUGACUGCCCGUGAACUCGAAAGCUAGAAGCUCGAAGAUCAACGCGUGAUCACAUCCGACGCCCCACCUCGCGAUAGUUCUUCGCCGCGGAGUGAUGUUUAAGUGCUUACCCUCUUGAUAUCAGCGCCUCGAAUAUCCAGCGCGCCCGUGCCAGCGCAAGCAAGGCGCCAUCAUGAAGGCCAUAAUCGCUGUCCCCGCGACGCUGCUUCUCUGCUACCGGGCCUACUCGAAGAAGUCUCUAACGCCGGCGGGAAUAUUUGCAGCUUUCCUGACCGCCGUCGCCCAUGCCGUCCAUCCGUGGAACCUGCCGUUUGUUCUCCUGGUGGUGUUCUUCCUCGCCGGAACACGAGUGACGCAUAUAAAGAAAGAGAUCAAAGCCUCCCUCACCGUCGCCUCUCAAGGCACGUCCGGCGGAGAAGGCCCCCGCACACACGUCCAAGUCCUAGCCAACUCCCUCGUGGCCUCCGUCCUCUGCCUCCUCCACGCCUACCAGCUCCACCAGCGCAAGGAGGCCCUGAUAACCUCCCUCUCCGCCGACGCCCCCGCAGGCCCGCCGCCUGGCAGCCUCUGCUUCUCGUGGGGCGGCGACCUGCUGGUGGUGGGCAUCAUAGCUAACUACGCCAGCGUGGCGGCCGACACGUUCAGCUCGGAGCUGGGCAUCCUGUCGCGCUCGCAGCCGCGCCUCGUCACGAGCCCGACCCUGCGCCGCGUCCCGCCCGGCACCAACGGCGGCGUCACCGCGCUGGGCCUCGCCGCCGGCCUCGUCGGCAGCAUGGUCGUCGUCGCCGCCGCCAUGGUCUUCCUGCCCCUGUGCACCGACCAGACCGCCGGGAGGCUGGGCGGCGGCGCGGCCGCCUGGACCGCCGAGCAGCGCCGCAUGCUGAUGCUCGGGCUGGCCCUCUGGGGCGGCCUGGGCAGCCUGCUCGACAGCUUCCUGGGCGGCCUGUUCCAGCGAAGUGUGAAGGAUGUGAGGAGCGGGAGGAUCGUCGAGGGGGAAGGUGGCAUACGUGUCCUUGUCUCGCCGACGUCAGACCCCGCCGGUUCGACACAUUUCGAGGGUGGCGCAGAUGCCAAGGCGAAGCUGCUGAGCGGGGAGGGCAGGGACGCCGUCGAGAAGGUCGACGCUGCUGUCGGCCAUGAAUCCGAGACUGAGGCUGAUGCGUGCGCCAAGUACGACGCCCGGAAUAAGCACCGCCGGUCAAGCUUUGGGGACGAGCGCCCGUCGAGGGUGGUCGAGAGUGGCUGGGAUCUGCUGGAUAAUAAUGACGUGAACUUCCUGAUGGCGUUCACCAUGAGCUUUGGCGCUAUGGGCAUUGCAGGCUGGUACUGGGGCAUUCCCAUGAACCAGAUCUUUGAAGCAUAGACGGGGGCGUUAAUGUAUACCCAACGGACGAUGGAUAGGGGCGUGUGUCGUCCUCGCCAUGAACACGAUCUCCACAUCGACGUCCUGCUCUAAUUGCGUGGCACUUUUCUUCAUGGUUAAUGGAAUGGACAGUACUAUAACAUUGACCUGCAACUGGGGCCAGGAACGUGACUCUUAUAUCGGCAGUUGCAAAUUAUCACACUGCAUAAUCAACCUACUAAAGGUUGUUCCUCAUCACAUUAGAGCUCGCCCAGGAGCCUCUUGAUCAUAGAGGAUGCCCAUCCUUGCCACGAGCACUCUUGAAUUGCAACGGUAGCUCUUACGCGUAGGCCUCGGCAUCAGACAAACCACUCUCUCCCACUGCCUCU